GAUUACAGUUGGUUAUUGCCAAUUGGUUAGUUAAUAUAAUAAUUUAGUAGCCGCUUUGUUCGCGAGAGUAAAAGACGCGAGUUGAAGAACUUUUGAAACAAAUACACGAUGAAAUACAACAAUCUCGGUACGACCGGGCUAAAAGUGUCCCACAUUAGUUUAGGUGGUGCUGCAUUUAGUAACAUAUAUGGAAAAUUCGACCAAGAAAAAGGAGUAGAGCUUGUGCGAGAAACAUUAAUGCGUGGUGUCACUUACCUGGAAACAGGUCCAUGGUAUGGACAGGGCAGUUCAGAAAGGACCAUUGGAAAGGCAUUAAAAUCCAUUCCAAGGGAAUCGUAUUACAUUGGAAGUAAAGUUGGGAGAUACGAGAAGGAUACAGCAGGAAUGUUUGAUUUCUCCGCCGAGAAAACUGAGGCAGGAUUAGAUAAUACCCUUAAUCUGCUCGGUUUGGAGUACGUUGAUCUAAUUCAGGUCCAUGAUCCUACGUUCGCCCCUGACUUAUCUGUAGUGUUAAAAGAAACUUUGCCAACCUUGGAGCGUGCGGUGAAAGACGGAAAAGCGCGUUUCAUUGGCAUAGCCGAUUAUGACAUUGACUUGAUGAAGGAAAUCGUUGAAGAGUCUGACGUGAAGAUCUCAACUAUAUUGUCCUACGCUAAAUCGACGCUUUGUGACAAUCGUCUUCAAAACUACACCAAAUAUUUCAAGAAUAAAGGCAUAGGUGUUAUUAAUGCAGCUGCAACCGGUAUGGGCCUGCUGUCAAACCACGGCCCUCAACCUUGGCACCCUGCUAGUGACGACAUCAAGGCUAUCUGUAAACAAGCCUCCGAAUUUUGCAAGGAAAGGAAUGUAGAAUUAGCGCGAAUAGCUACUUGGUAUUCGCUGAAUCAACCAGGAAUCGACACGAACGUUUGCGGCUUCUACAACACACAUCAGAUGUUGGAUACGCUUGAUGUUUUGGAUAAGGGACUAACAGAUAAGGAACAGGAAGUACUCGCCGAGGUCCAGGCGAGGUUUUUCGACAAAAUUACUCUGCACUGGGAUGAUGUUGAACUGCCGGCAUAUAAAGCCAAGCUAAAUGAACUUCAGAACCAAAAUUGAUGGUGAAUUGAAAAUUUUCAACUUCAAUCUUCAAAUAUUUUAUCGUGCAUAAACUGUUACUGUAUAAUGUGUUUAUUAAACUUACUGAAAUCUA